AUGGGGCCUGGCCGUCCCCGGGGAUCGGUGGAGCGUAAGCUUGCCGAUGAAAAUGUGCAUAUGGUCCUGGAAAGCCUUGUGGACAUCCUGCUGAAAAUGAAGGUCAAUCUUCCUGACCUCUUCGAGCAUGCGGCCAGCAAGCAGGUUAAAUCGGCUGGCAUACGGGAGCUGGCCAAGUCUUUCCAUUGGUUGCUGAAACCCUUGCUGCAAGUGUGCCCAGUGCCCGUGCACACAGAUAGCCUUGUGGAACUUGUUACCCGCCUGUGCAAGAACACGAUAUACAUCGAUGAAACUGUGGCCACAACGCUGGCCAUGGACCUGAAGUGGAUCCUCACCAGUCUUCGGAAGGUUCGCAAAAUCUGGAAGUAUAACAUGAGGGGGAAGGCCGGCGAGUGGCCCGAGUGGGCCAGUGGCGAAAAUUUCCCCGAUGUGCUUGAGCUGGUGAGGAUGAUGGAAGGUUUUGAGAGUGAGGAGGCUGGCUCAGAGAGGAAGCUGGAGGAGGUCGAAAAUGCACUGCAACAGAAAAGGCAGAAGGUCCUUUCUGACCUUCGUCACGUGCAGAUUUCGCUGGACGACACUGAUGAGGAAACUGCCGCAUCCUCCUCGUCCGGAGCAUGUGGACCUGCAGCCGGACCUCAUGAUGGAGCUGUUGCUGCACCCCCGUCUUUCGGGGCAUGUGGACCUGCGUCUGCACCUCAUGAUGGGGCUCUUCCUGAUGCACGGGCGGCUGCCAUCGUACCUCAUGCUGCCGAAGCUAUUGCAUACGACUCACGGCCCGACUUUGUGGGAGAUGUUGCAGCCUUUUUGAAUGAAGCAGCCCCAUUGCCACCAGUGGAUGUCCGAGCUCAAAGGGCUUUGGCAAAGGCUGCGGCCAAGCCGACGGCGGACGCUCCGGCCGGAGUGCCGAAAGCCAAAGCCGGCAACAAGGCCAAAGCAGCGGCCCCAAAACGAAAGCAAGAGAAGAAAAGUUUUCUGAGGAAGACACACAAGAGGGGCGAAUCCAUUGCCUACACUGUGCACGACAACAUGCAGAACAAGCAGGUGGUGCAACUGGUGAACACCUAUGUGCCGGACGCCGCGACCAAAGUUCAGACCUGGGUGGACUCCCUGAACACAGGUACAUUGACCUUGGAGCAGGUCGAGACGUGGAAGAAUCCAGGUGUGGACCUCCUCUCCCUGCUUGCCUUCUUGGACGUCCUGCUGUAUUGCCUUGUCUUCAGGUUGUCCAGGUUGCAGGAUCACCCACACUUCCAGUACAUGAUGAGGUUCUUGACACAGAGGGGCGUCAACCUGCGGAGACAUGAUGUGCAUCUGGGUGAGUACGGUGCAGAUACUCGCAAGCCGAUCUGGCUGUACGCUCCAGUGGAUGUGAACAUACCCUGGGGUCUCUUUGAUCUCGCGACUCCGAGCACGGCCACGGCUUCUACAUACUACUCGUGCCGUGACAGCUCUACCUUUCCAUGUCCAAUGUCCUUAAUAUGUUUGCAAACUUCGCCCAGGUACGUCGACGAUAAUGGCAUCAAGAGAUCGACGGGUGGGCCCGGCCUGAAAGCUAGCCAAGCAUAUCCAGCAAUGCGACCUGGUUUGCAGAUAUGA